UAUGCAAUGCCAAUGUGAUCCAAGUAAGGAAUAAAAAAAUAUAUAAAGGUGGUUUCUUUAUUCUAUACUAAAAUGUUUAUGAAAUUAUACAUAGUUGUCAUUCGUAGGUGACUUAAAUGGAGGAUAUUCAAGCAAGUAACUAACUGAAAUAGAUCAACAAAGAUGGGACCUGAGGAGCCUGAAGAGAACAUGAUCACUCACUUGCAUCCUUGGCUGUAUAAGGCAGCGGCAGAAGGCAACAUUGAAAUAUUCAAUAAUAAGCAGGGGCUUCAACUUGAGUCGCUUAAGACCCCAAACCAUGACAACGUGCUCCAUGUUAACUUGGCAAACCAGGAGGAUGCUGCCUGGCUUUUUAACAGAUUUCUCUCAAUAAUCACAUUCUUCCCCGUACAGUAUGUAUCGUGGUACCAGUGUUUGAGUAUCUUCAUUACUAGGAUAAGAGGAGAAAAAAGAUCAGAUUUUAUCGAACAAAUUCUCAGCAAGUGUCCGUCACUGCUCCUCCAAACGAACGCUAAAGGUCAAACUCCUUUGCACGUUGCAGCAAGGUAUGGACAUUCUGCUAUUGUGAAACUUCUAAUCAAGUCUUGCGCAAAAGCUAGAGCUGGAGAUUUAGAGCUGGGAAAGGAUCAAGUAAGUGCAGUGAGGGAGAUGCUGAGGAUUACGGAUCAGGAAUCCAACACGGCUUUACAUGAAGCAGCAAGGUGUGGCAAUGUUGAAGUUGUGAAAGCAUUGUUGAAGUUUGAAGACCCUGAUUUUCCGUAUUCUGCUAACAAAAAACAGGAGACUCCACUUUACAUAGCAGCUAGGAGGAGAGGAUCUGGGCGCUUGUUGACUCUAUUAUUAGAUAAAUUAAAAUCAACUGGUCAUGGCGGUCCCCACGGUAGAACAGCUUUGCAUGCAGCAGCUAUGGCUGGAGAUGCAGAUGCAGUAAGUGUAACAUUAAAGAAGAAGGGGAAUUUGACGAAGGAAAGAGAUGAAGAUGGACACACCCCUCUUCAUUAUGCUGCACACUUAGGUCGUAGAUUCUCAGUUGUGAAAGAACUGUUAAAAUGGGAUGUAUCAGCUGCUUAUAUAGGUGAUAAAAAGAGGGGGAUGACACCCCUUCUUAUGGCAGCCAGGCAAAAUAAUGUUGGAACAGUGAGAAUGAUUCUCUCUUUAUGUCCAGAUUGUUCCAAAAAAGUGGACAACAACGGUUUGAAUUUACUUCAUUAUCUGGCUUUUAGAGACCCUUCCUCUCCAUUAAGGCGUUCUCUUUUCAAGCUUAGUGGUAUUGAAAUUGUAUAUGGAUCAAUUAGAAAUCUAAUGGAGUUGGAAGGUGUCUUUGGAAUGACACCUCGAGAAGUUUAUAAUGCACUUCGAUAUGAGAAACAUCAUCAUAAACAGAAGCAAAUCAAAGAAUUGUUGGAAGAAAUUGAGAAUGAUCAAGUGGCGGAGGAACCAGUUCGUCUCUUUGACGUACGAAAUAAUACUACAAAAAACUUGGAGAAGACAAGAAAUGCUCAUUUAGUGGUGGCAGCACUUAUAGCCACCGUCGCAUUCGCUGCAGCAAUAACUGUUCCUGGUGGUUUGAAGAGUGAAAAAGGAUCCGAGCAAGGCACUCCUUUUCUAAUUCAUGAGGCAGCCUUUAAAGCAUUUGUUGUAACAAACGCAUUGGCCUUUAUUUUCUCUGUUUCUGCCCUCUUCAUCCACUUUGGGGCUCUGGAUAAUCUAUUAUCAGGAUUUAAAUUUUGGCGUGAAACAAUUUCAUAUCGAACUACAGCUGUUUCUGGGCUUCUUGGCUAUGCAACGGUGGCGAUGAUGAUUGCUUUCAGCAUAGGCAGUUAUGUGGUCUUAAAACCUUCCCACGGACUUGCCAUUUUUUCAUAUCUCAUCUGCCCUGCCUUUUUACUCUGUAUGUGGGCAGUCUUGAAUCCUUCAAUAUAUAUGUAAAAUAUAAAUAUGUUAAUAUCAUUUUAUCAUUGACUACAA